AUGGCAAAGGUGUCGAAACUUAUGCGCAAACUCUUUCAUAAAGACGACAAAGGAGACCGUGGACUGCAACUCCGACUACGAAAAGCCGUGACCUUGCGCAAAGUUCGACAAGUGGUGGCACUGUUGGAAGCAGGUGCGUCGCCAAUUUGGAUGAACGACGAGUCGCACAGUAGUCAAAGAUUCCGGCGGCAUGACUGGGAUCCGUGUCCACUCAAUGCACUAUUGCUGGCCUGUCUCCAUGGUGGCGUCGAAACGCUCGGCCUUCUACUGGACGCAUUGUUCGAAGAACCUCAAGUGAUCGCACACUUUAGUCGCGCGAUGUACUGCCUUGUGAUCCGUCACGACCAUUGGAAAGCUUUUCAGCGACUACAACAAGGUGGAGUACCACUAAACUUGGUGUCUUCCAGAUCGUCGACCGGUUCUUCUACAUCUUUAGCGUCUACUCAGCCUAUGUCUGCCACCGCGAUGGAGGGUCCCAAUUGCAAGCUGCCGAUGCCCAUUUUCGUGGCUGCAGAGCACGGUCGUCACCAUUUUCUUCGUUACCUGCUGGAUUGCUACCCGCAUGACUGGGCCUACUACACGUUCGAAGGACACUCGCUACUAUCAGUGGCGACCAUCAAUGGGCACUACGAGUGCGUCAGAGUUUUGUUGGAACGAGAAGUAGCUACUAGAAAAACUUUAGACGAUGCUGUGGCUAUAGCUCGUCGCCAUCGCCAAGCUCACGUCCUGGUACUGCUGACAAGUUAUCUCCCGGAGUUUGUAUCCGACCCGGAACCUGUUUACAAAAACUCUGCAGAACUACCACCAAGCAACGACGGCAAAGACUUCACGUGCCAACAACUGCAGUGGCCUAACCAAGUCACAGGAAAUCGAGACCGCGGAUCAAUCGCAGAGACCGUGGCAAGCGAAUUUGAUGAUGAUAGUAGACGCAGCAGUCUUUUGGCGAUUAGCUCGCGUAUAAACUACGACGAUCAGGACAUGAAUCGGGCAGAGGAAAUGUCCAGUCGAGUUGAGAUAGAGCGCGAGGAGCGGCAGGUUAGUAUGACAUGGCUUUUGGAUGAACGUGAGCCAGUUACAGACAUUCAAUCUCGCGUUGACCACUACGAACUGAGUGCAGACGGCUUUGGCGUCCCAAAAUCUGCGCGUGGUAUUGCGCCUAGCUCCAGCACCAGCUGCACGUCUUCGUACCAGGAAGAUGAGGCAUGGUAUACAGUCAAGUCUAGUGAUGGGAGCCGACAGCAAGAUGAUGAUCAACUGGCCAGUGAUGAAGAAGAGGUAGAGCUCUCCUACGAAUCAAUGUUUUCUGUUCACGAAGAUAAAGUGAACAACAUGUUUGACGAGACGCCUCCACUAUCCGAAGAAACUCACGAGAAGAUUGCAGCAUCUCGAUUUUCAUCGAUAGUCAGAUCCGAUAAGUCGCACAAGCUCAUCAGUGUCCGCAGCCGCGGAUUUGAACGUAAAGUGCUGGCAGCAAUCGAAGAACAUCCCGCUGGAGAGACUGAAGCAUAG